UGUGGCGGCGCACACAGUCCCACGCAUGCGCCCUGGCGUUCGGGUCUGGUUGCGGGAUGCAGCCCCUCCGCCGCGCGGCACAGUGCGCACCAAGCAGCCAGAGCGCACGGUUACAAUGAGCUUCUCCACCCGUCCCACUGAGAGCCAGCGUCAGUACCGACCUCAGAACAACAGACAAACCGCCACCGAGCCCGACCCACAACAGCUGUGCCCGCCCGCAGCAGGAUGCCAGGGGGAAAGAGAGGGCUUGUGGCACCGCAGAACACUUUUUUGGAGAACAUCGUCCGGCGUUCGAGUGAGACCAGCUUCCUCCUGGGAAAUGCCCAGAUCGUGGAGUGGCCUGUAGUUUACAGCAAUGACGGAUUCUGCAAGCUGUCUGGCUUCCACAGGGCUGAGGUCAUGCACAAAAGCAGUACAUGCAGCUUUAUGUAUGGUGAGCUGACGGACAAGAAGACCAUUGACAAAGUCCGGCAGACGUUUGACAACUAUGAGUCCAACUGCUUUGAAAUCCUGCUGUACAGGAAGAACAGAAACCCUGUGUGGUUCUACAUGCAAGUGGCUCCCAUAAGGAAUGAGAAUGACAAGGUGGUUCUAUUCCUCUGCACCUUUAAGGACAUCACUCUCUUCAAGCAGCCCAUCGAAGACGAAACCACAAAAGGAUGGACCAAGUUUGCACGGCUGACACGGGCACUCACCAACAACCGCAACACACUGCAGCAGCUGGCAUCCAUAGGCAAGCAUGAAGUCAGCCAUAAGCAGUCCAGACUGGCAGAGGUUUUGCAGCUCAACUCUGACAUCCUCCCACAAUACAAACAGGAGGCUCCCAAAACACCCCCUCACAUAAUCCUUCACUACUGCACCUUCAAGACUACAUGGGACUGGGUUAUCCUAAUCCUCACCUUCUACACGGCCAUCAUGGUGCCAUACAACGUCUCCUUCAAGACCAAGCAGAACAACAUUGUAUGGCUGGUGCUGGACAGUGUAGUGGAUGUUAUCUUUCUUGUAGAUAUUGUCCUCAACUUCCACACUACUUUUGUGGGACCUGGUGGUGAGGUGAUCUCUGACCCUAAACUCAUCCGCAUGAACUACCUGAAGACCUGGUUUGUCAUCGACUUGCUGUCCUGCCUGCCCUACGAUAUCAUCAAUGCCUUUGAGAAUGUGGAUGAGGGUAUUAGCAGUCUGUUUAGCUCACUGAAAGUUGUCCGCCUGCUGCGUCUGGGCCGAGUGGCCCGGAAACUGGACCACUAUUUGGAGUACGGUGCUGCUGUCCUGGUUCUGCUGGUCUGCGUGUUUGGGCUGGUGGCCCACUGGCUCGCCUGCAUUUGGUACAGCAUUGGGGACUAUGAGGUCAUUGAUGAGGUCACUAACACCAUUAAGAUGGACAGCUGGCUUUAUCAGCUGGCCAACAGUAUUGGAUCUCCUUAUCGCUACAAUGCCAGUGGUUCUGGCCAAUGGGAGGGCGGCCCGGGCAAGGACUCGCUAUAUAUCACAUCUCUGUAUUUCACCAUGACCAGCCUGACCACCAUUGGCUUUGGAAAUAUUGCACCCACCACAGAUGGGGAGAAGAUCUUCUCAGUUGCCAUGAUGAUGGUGGGCUCACUCCUUUAUGCCACCAUCUUUGGAAAUGUGACCACCAUCUUCCAGCAGAUGUAUGCCAACACAAACCGCUACCAUGAAAUGCUCAACAAUGUCAGGGACUUCCUGAAGCUCUACCAGGUUCCCAAGGGGUUGAGUGAAAGGGUGAUGGACUACAUCGUCUCCACAUGGUCUAUGUCCAAAGGCAUUGACACAGAGAAGGUCUUAUCCAUCUGCCCCAAAGACAUGCGGGCUGACAUCUGUGUCCACCUCAACAGGAAGGUGUUCAACGAGCACCCAGCAUUUCGGUUGGCCAGCGACGGCUGUCUGCGCUCCCUAGCGGUGGAGUUCCAAACAAUCCACUGUGCUCCUGGAGAUCUGAUUUUCCAUGCGGGGGAGAGCGUUGACACCCUCUGCUUUGUGGUGUCAGGAUCGCUGGAAGUCAUCCAGGAUGAUGAAGUCAUUGCCAUCCUGGGUAAAGGUGAUGUGUUUGGUGACGUCUUUUGGAAAGAAACCACCCUGGCACAUGCAUGCGCUAACGUCCGAGCGCUGACGUACUGCGACCUCCACGUCAUCAAGAGAGAAGCUUUGCUAAAGGUUUUGGAGUUUUACACAGCCUUUGCUAACUCCUUCUCACGCAACCUCAUCCUCACUUGCAACCUACGUAAGAGGAUCAUUUUCCGUAAGAUCAGUGAAGUGAAGAAGGAGGAAGAGGAGCGGCAGCGGGCAAAGAAUGAGGUGCAGCUCACCAUCCCGCAGGACCAUCCUGUCCGGAAGCUCUUCCAGAAGUUCAAACAACAGAAGGAGCUUCGCAACCAGGGAGCCACUACAGCCGCUACACAGGUGGACCUCGAGAAGAACCAGCUGCAGGUGGAGCAGCACCACCAGCACCUGCACCCUCAUGGCCUGCAGUUGGGUCACUCCAGCCUGCAGCACUCACUGCCGCUGAGUCUGCAGCAGCCUAACUGCUCCAUGCAGAAUGGGGCUCCGCCCAGUAGCAGUGUGCUGACAGUGUCUCAGGUCACACCCAUGCAGAGCUCUUUGGUCUACAGCCAUCCUGGAGAGCCUCCUGUAAAGCAGAAUAACUGUGACAUUUUGGAGCUACAACCCAGUUCUGCUGCAGGUGGAGGUGAGCAUGCUUCAGCUGUCAGGGUCAAAGUCAACUCCAGCCCUGUGCUGGGGAAGCCAACCACUAAGGCAAGCGGUUGGAUGCGCCUUAAAAAUAACAUGGCCCCACUGGACACUAGAAAGGAGGGGCUAAACAACGUCACCAAGGCAGUUUCCGUGGAGAUGCUCUCUCAGGAGGGAAAAGUUAAAGAAGUUGGAGGAAGAGGAGAUGGAGAAGAGGGUGGCAGCAACCCCUUGCGCAAAACAGACUCAUGUGACAGCGGCAUCACAAAGAGCGAGCUACGUAUCGAUCGGGCGGGAGAGGCGCGCACCCCAAUUGCUGUCACACCGUUCCUCCAUAGCCCCCUUCCAGGAGGAACAGGGUCACCGUUCCCUUUUUGUCCCAUUCCGGAGCAGACACUACAGGCCGUGCUGCACGAGACACGGCUGGAACUCCGGCAAGACAUCCAGGCUCUUGGAGGCCGUCUGGGUGCUUUGGAGAGUCAGGUAACCGAAAUUAUAAAACUGCUGUCAGAGAAGAGAAGGCCUUCAGUGGGUGCACAAUCCAUCACCACCACAGCUACCAUCACCACCACCACCACCAGCACACCCAAAUCCAAAACAAGACGUCAGGACAUUUUUACAGUUUCUAGACCAGUUUCUCCAGACUCAGAGAAGGAUGAUGGGCUCUGAAAAGAGCUAAACCAGUGGUGCCAUGUACAAUACAAUCAUGUUUUUCCAAUGAUAUUUGUCAGAUCCACUGACACCACUGGUGCUGAAUCUCUGAGAAAUGCAUUUGCACAAUGACAAUUGCCUCCCAGUCACUCCUCCGUGACUCUGAUUGUACAUACCUCUCUAUGCAUGUCCAGCUGGAUUCUGGCCUGCCAAAGAAAUAAAUCAACCUAAUUAUUGCCUGUAUAUUAUGCAGUUGACUGCAUGCAAAGCUAAUUUAAAGAGAAGUGAUCUUUUAUUGAGCUCCACUGUACAUAUGAAUAAUUUUCAUUGAUAAUUUAAUAUGUGAACAUUCAGGGUUUGCGUAUUGGUAGCACCCCACUCAUUGAGUAAUAAGAGUUUACUGUCAAGGGGAUUGUGCAUGGAGUUACAAUUUUUCCAUGCGAUGUAGUAACCCUAUGGUCACAUUAGCUACAAAUGAGAGCGACAAGCAGUUAGAAUUUGUCACUUGAUGGGCAUUCCCAGAUUGGUGCCAGCUCGUUUUUAGUUGGUUUUAUUGUGCACAAUAUUUAACUGUAUAUUAUCAAGGAUGGGGAAACCUGAUGCUGUCACUAUGAGCUCUUCCUCA